AUGGAAGAAGAAGACGAAGAAGUGACGCAGAAGGAGAAAGAGGAGAAGAAGCAACUAGAGGAAGAAGGCGAUAGAAAGCAAAAAAGAGACCAGUCUUCGCAAUCUGCAAAAUCUCCUCCACUCCAAAAUCGAAUCACCGAGAUGUCUUCUAGAUCGUCGCUUCAUUCAUUACCUCCAACAACGGUGGAUUCUCCUCCUGAUUCACCGACCGUCUCUUCAAUCCCCGAUAGCCAUGGAUCUUCGCCUCACACGAUCAUCCAAACUCCGUCUGUAGCUUCGGUGGCGGCGAAAAACGAGACUCCUUUUAGGGUAACAAACGGAGACUACGGUGAGCAGAAAGUCGGCGAGAGUAGGAGACAGUUGAGGGGGCCGAGUUUCUCUACGGCUCCGCGUGAUUCGAAAUGGGGAAGUUUUGUUAGGAAAGCUCUGCUUGUCUUUAGGGUUUCUGCGUUUGUGUCAUGUCUUGUUUCGUUCUCUGUUAUGGUUGCUGAUAGAGAUAAAGGAUGGGCUCGUGAUUCUUUCUACAAAUACAAAGAGUUCAGGUUCUGUUUGGCUGCGAAUGUGAUUGGUUGUGUCUACUCAGCUUUUAUGAUAUGUGAUCUCGUGUAUCUAUUAUCCACUAGCAUCCGAAGAUCACGACACAACUUGCGACAUUUCUUGGAGUUUGGUCUUGAUCAGAUGAUAGCGUAUCUUCUUGCAUCGGCAUCAACUUCAGCUUCGAUCCGUGUAGACGAUUGGCUAUCAAAUUGGGGAGCAGACAAGUUCCCAGACUUAGCUAGAGCAUCAGUCUCAUUGUCUUUCAUCUCCUUUGUCUCCUUCGCCUUUUGCUCAUUGGCUUCCGGUUAUGCUCUCUGUUCACUCCGGUCUAUCUAA